CGCCGCCGCCAGCGCCGCCGCUCCGGCCCAGCUCCCGCCGCGGCCCCUCGCCUCGUCCCCGCCGGCCGGCCCGGGGACGCGCAGGGGGCAGGGCGGGCGCCCCUGCGAAGCCCGAAGGACGCGCGCGCGAGGCCCUUUGUGGACUUCACGGCCGCCAACAUCUGGGCGCAGCGCGGGCCACCGCUGGCCGCCGCCUCGCCUUGGGGACCGUAGGAGGCGCAGCCCCGAGGCCGGAGACUUCGUUUGGGGACGAGCCCCCCGGGAUGCGGUAGCGGCCGCUGUGCGGAGGCCGCCGAGCAGCUGCAGCCGCCGCCGCGCAGAUCCACGCUGGCUCCGUGCGCCAUGGUCACCCACAGCAAGUUUCCCGCCGCCGGGAUGAGCCGCCCCCUGGACACCAGCCUGCGCCUCAAGACCUUCAGCUCCAAGAGCGAGUACCAGCUGGUGGUGAACGCAGUCCGCAAGCUGCAGGAGAGCGGCUUCUACUGGAGCGCCGUGACGGGCGGCGAGGCGAACCUGCUGCUCAGCGCCGAGCCCGCCGGCACCUUCCUCAUCCGCGACAGCUCGGACCAGCGCCACUUCUUCACACUCAGCGUCAAGACCCAGUCGGGGACCAAGAACCUGCGCAUCCAGUGCGAGGGGGGCAGCUUCUCGCUGCAGAGCGACCCCCGGAGCACGCAGCCGGUGCCCCGCUUCGACUGCGUGCUCAAGCUGGUGCAUCACUACAUGCCGCCCCCCGGCGCCCCCUCCUUCCCCUCGCCACCGACCGAACCCUCCUCUGAGGUGCCGGAGCAGCCGCCAUCCCAGCCGCUCCCCGGGAAUCCCCCCAGGAGAGCCUAUUACAUCUACUCGGGCGGCGAGAAGAUCCCCCUGGUGUUGAGCCGGCCCCUCUCCUCCAACGUGGCCACUCUCCAGCAUCUCUGUCGGAAGACGGUCAAUGGCCAUCUGGACUCCUAUGAGAAAGUCACCCAGCUGCCUGGGCCCAUUCGGGAAUUCCUGGACCAGUACGAUGCCCCGCUUUAAAGAGCAAAGGACAGGGGUCGGGGCGAGGAGCCUGGGUCCCCUCUCCUCCGUGGCACAUGGCACAAGCACAAGAAUCCGGCCAGGAGAGCCCUGCGGCUCUGGGCGAGCCAGCGGAGGGGCGGACUGGCCCCUCCCUUCGGCCCUCCCCCCUGCAGAAUGGGGCAGGCGGGACCUGGAAUGUGUUUGAGAGAAGGGGGAGUGCCACCUGAGCGCCCCGCCCCCACUCCAGCUUCUCCGGAGGAGUCCGCUGGCCCGGUGGGGACAGCGACGACAGCCGUGGAUUCUCUUCUCAGCUCUUCGCUUCCUCGACUCCCCCUGCAUUUCCAAACAGGGGACACUGCGGGAGUGUUGAACUAGUGAGAACUGCCGGGGAGUCUUCAAACUUUCCAACGGAACUUGUUUGCUCUUUGAUUUGGUUUAAAAGGUAGCUUUAAACCCGAGCAGGUCUCUGGCCUGUGAAAGGGUGCGGGAGAGGGCGCCCAGGGCCCCAGGGCUGCAGGCUGGCCGCGGCGUUGGCCGCUCCCACUGCCCACCCCCAAGUGAGGAGGGCGACUGUGUGCUCCUCCCGUGGCUUUGGGGGAUAAGGGCAAGCGGUGACCUGAAGGGGUCCGUUCUGUCCCCGUCUCUGGGACAGCCACCAGAAACAGGUCGCAGAGUCCAUCUAGUGCCCGGGACCCCAGGGCCCUUCCCCCGUUUUAAGGGGGAAGUGGCACUGGGAGCGGAAAGGGUGGGCAGGUCAGUUACUCUUUUCCCCACCCCUGCUCUACCUUCUGGCACCUGGGGCGGGUCGAAGAUGGAGGAGAUGAGCCAUCUUUGACCCCAGAUUCCGGACAGAGAAGAUGAGGGAUUCUAGUUUGUGCCUCCUGACUGUCUGGCUAGGAGAUUUGCCUUAAAUGCUCCCUGUCCCAUGGAUAGGGACUGGCACACAAGAAGCCACACACUCAGCCAAUCCCGACAGAGGCCAAGGGAUCCUCGGAGGGCUGGCCGCUGGGCGUGGGGGGAGGGGUGGGCGGAGG